CACUGCUACUCCCUCAAACCCAAGUCUCUUCCUUAAAAACCCCAAACGCAUAAAAAACACAGAGACAGUGUUCUUAGCGCCGCCGUUGCCCUACCAUCUUCAUAUUAUUCUAUUGCCUUUCUUUCACGUUUUUCUGGUUUUUAAGCCCUUCCAGUGCCCUAUUUACGCUUAUACCCUUCUGGUUAUGAUAGCUUCCAUUCGGCGUCAGCCAGAGAGCCGAAGCUCUUGGCUUCCACACAUACUUUCGGUGCCGUCGAUUGAGAUACAAAGCCUCCAAGCCAGCCGAGCCAAUCCUCAAAUUCCAACUUUACCCCUCCCUGCAAAUAUUGUUUUCUUUUAACGGUUACUUCCACCAUGCCUAAUUCGAAGAACAACCGUAACGGACACGGCGAGCCUCACCGCCGCGAGAAAUUGACAAAGAAAUCGUCGUCCUUCUACGGUCACUCAUCGCCGCCUUCCAUGUCCGGCGAACCGAUCCGGCGGCCGAAGACGGUGCCGGAUCUUUUGUCGGAGAGGCACCGCGCGGCUUUAGCGACGCCGGCGACGGAUGUUGUGCCAAAACAGCCGCCAAAGUUGUUGUUGAAGGUUACUCCCAUGGGAAGCUUGGGACCGGUGCAGGUUGUGAUGACGCCGGAAUCGACGGUCGGAGAUUUAGUGGCGGUGACGGUGAGGCAAUACGUGAAGGAAGGUCGCCGGCCAAUUUUACCGUCGAACGACCCUUCGCACUUCGACCUCCAUUAUUCUCAGUUCAGCCUACAAAGUUUGGAUAGGGAGGAGAAGCUGAUGGAUAUUGGAUCGAGAAACUUUUUUCUGUGUCCGAGGAAGUGUGGUGGUAAUGGGGACGAGGGUAGUGGAACGACGCCGUUUGGUUCGUGUUCAAGAGAGGCUGACAAAACGAACAAGGGUGGCGCGUUUGGUUGGUUAAGGUUCAUGGAUUUCUCUCGGUAAAAAUUAUUAUUAUUAUUGGAGGCUACUAGUGUUUGCCCAUGCCAGCCACAUGUUAUUUGGAGAUAUUUUUUUAUUAUUUUUAAUUUUAAUUUUAGAAUGCAUCAGUGAGUGAAUGGCCUGCUGUUGCUUGUAAAAAAAUACGUCUGUCAUGUUUGACACGGGUAUAAUGUCUAGACUCUUGCGUAAUAAAAGUCACUGAUGUUUGACAUUUAGAUGUCGGGAUAUCAUUUAUCA